GUUGUCCUUCGUUUUGGAAGAGGGCCAAAAUAACAUCACUACGUAGAAUCCUGUUACAGUGUGUCCGACCAUGGCUUAAUCAGACCGAUUUGAGCUCAGAAUGCUCCGCCACUGCUCAGACACAAAUAGUCCUUGUGAAACAUGGGGGGGAUUCCCUAAUUUUGCGCAUCUUGCGUUUCCUUUGGGCUAAUUUAAUCCUGUUUUGCUCAUAGAGCACCGCCACUUCUCCGAGGAGGGCGCGUCAUGCUAGGAGGUCCUGUCUUCGGGGUCUCCCUCGACUUGCAAUGGAUUUUAAAGUUCUUAAGAGGGAGCCUAGCGAGCUAAAGUCAAGCCCUUUCUUCUCCAGGUGAGCUGGUCUCAUGAACCGGGAAAUACAAAUUUUAGAGAUACUCCAGGAAUUGAAAGAUGAAGAGUUCGAGACUUUUAAGGAAAUUGUGUGUCAGCAAGAGGCAGAAGCAUCAACCUGGGCACUGCCAACUACCCCCCGGGAAGAUAUUGCCCACCAUCUGGUGAGGUUCUGUGGCUCCAGAGCCCUGAAUGUGGUGUCCCAGGCACUGGACCGUGUCCCUGCUCGGCACCUCUUGGAAAUGCUUGGAGAGCCUAAACUUGAAGAUAGUACUGGGAAACAGAAGACCGCCAUCAGCUCCCAUACUAGAAAAAAGCCUCGGGAAGGAUUAGCAGAGCAACUGGUGACCCAAAAAAUGCUGAUGAAGCUAGCCCAGCAUGUGGGGAGUGAAUGGAAGGAGCUGGGUAUAAUGUGCCUGGACCUUCAGCAACACCAGCUGGAUAGACUGGAUGAAGAUCACUCUAAAACCACUACAAGCACUCGAAUCUUCAACAUGUUCCUGCUGUGGAGGAACCGAGAGAAGGAAAAAGCCACAGUUCUAAGUCUCUACAACCUUUUGUCUAAGAGCAUUUCCAUUAGCCCUGAGGCCCUUGCUGUACUUCUGGAGGGAAUGUGACUCCUGCUCCAAAGGGUAGUGAACUUCAGAUCCUUUUUCUGGUUAAAGGCCAACUGGUACCAAGGAGGAGAUGCUCUGGAGUGCUAACAUGAUGUACCCUUGAACAUAUUAUUCCCCCACUAUGUGAAUAAAUUAAUUUUCUAUUUUAAACC